UAGGUCAGUCCAGCGAAAGCCACCCCUAGUUCAAGAUGAAGUUCCUGCCUCUGCUCGCUGUAUUCCUGAUCCUUGCCUGCUCCUCCUACUGCAGCGGCGCUGCUGUGGCCAAGCCCACUGGUCAGCCGGGCUGCCAAACGGCCGAGGAAGUGGAGGUGGCGCUCUAUGCCCACUUCUAUCUGAAGAGCUCCUACUGGGUGUGCUCCACCCAGGGCGUUCCCGCCGCCCUCGCCCAGUGUCCCAUUGCCUCCGCCUGGCUGGAUUCCGCCAAGGCCUGUGUUCCUUGGUCCGAGUGGGUGUGGUCUCCCACAGUCCAGCCGCCCAGUCAACCCGAAGUUGCUGCCUAGAAUUGGAGAUUUAACAUUCCACGCUUUUUCAAAAUGAAUCAAAUAUGCAGUAAUGUGAAGUCCUCUUUUUAAAGAAGAAUGUCAGGCAAUGUCUAGUAAAAGUAAAUGUUUAGUUCAUUUA